GCAGAGACUCCAACCGUCAUGUUAAGGUAAAGCAGAAAAGUGCAGUGCUGAACAUGCUAAAGAAGUUGGACAAAAUAAGGUUCAGAGGUCACAAGAGAGAUGAGUUCCUUGAUUUAGCAGAGUCUCCAAAUGCUUCAGACACUGAAUGUGGAGAUGAAAUCCCGGUCAAAAUACCUCGAACAUCAACUCGAGACAAUGAAGAGCUGAGAGACCCUGCUGGUCCAGGGACCAUCAUCAUGGCUUCAGGAGUCCAGGAUUUUAACAGAACAGAAUCUGACAGACUGAAUGAGAUCAAAGGUCACCUGGAAAUAGCCUUACUGGAAAAACACUUUUUACAGGAGGAGCUCAGGAAGCUGAGAGAAGAAACAAACGCUGAAACAUUAAGGCAGGAGCUAGAAAAGGAACGGCAGAGGAGAUUAGAACUAGAGCAAAAAGUCAAUGAAGUACUUAAAGCAAGGACAGAAGAGGUGCCUGCAGCUCAGCAACCUGCAAAGCCACAGACGCAAGCCAACGGAACAGAUAAGCGUAGUCACACAGUCUGUUCGAGACUCCAGAAGUGGUUUUGUGACAAAUUUGGGGAGUAUGUUGAGGACUUCAGAUUUCAGCCAGAAGAGAAUACAGUGGAAACAGAAGAGCCACUUAGUGCUAGAAGGUUGACUGAAAAUAUGAGAAGAUUAAAGAGAGGUGCCAAACCUGUUACUAAUUUUGUGAAGAAUCUUUCUGCCUUAUCAGACUGGUAUUCUAUCUACACUUCUGCUAUUGCCUUUAUUAUUUACAUGAAUGCUGUAUGGCAUGGCUGGGCCAUUCCUAUGUUCUUAUUUUUAGCAAUUUUGAGGUUGUCCCUAAAUUACCUCAUAGCCAGGGGUUGGAGAAUACAGUGGAGCAUUGUGCCUGAAGUUUCUGAACCCGUGGAACCCCCAAAAGAGGACCUGACCGUGUCUGAAAAGUUUCAGCUUGUUCUAGACGUGGCUCAGAAGGCGCAGAACCUUUUUGGCAAGAUGGCAGACAUACUGGAAAAAAUCAAAAACUUGUUCAUGUGGGUUCAGCCAGAAAUAACACAGAAGCUCUACAUUACUCUAUGGGCAGCUUUUAUUGCAUCCUGCUUUUUGCCCUACAGGAUUAUUGGGCUUGCAAUGGGACUCUAUGCUGGAAUCAAGUUUUUCCUUAUUGAUUUUAUCUUCAAACGAUGCCCCAGACUAAGAGCUAAGUAUGAUACUCCUUACAUCAUCUGGACAAGUCUCCCGACAGAUCCUCAGCUCAAAGAAAGGUCUAAUGCUACAGUGUCGAGACGGCUUCAAACAGCAGCAUCCAGAAGUUACGUGGGCUCAAGUGCCCCAACCGGCAUAAGCAAAGAUGAAGACACAAGUCGUUUUCAUACCACCAAGAGGGGGAAUUUCCAUGAAGUUUUUAACUUGUCGGAAAAUGAGCGUCCUUUGGCAGUAUGUGAAAAUGGUUGGCGCUGUUGCUUGAUUAACAGAGAUAGGAAGAUGCCUACAGACUACAUCAGGAAUGGAGUUCUUUAUGUCACAGAAAAUUACUUAUGCUUCGAAAGCUCCAAAUCCGGCUCAUCUAAAAGAAAUAAAGUUAUAAAGCUAACGGAUAUAACAGAUAUUCAGAAGUAUAAAGUGCUCUCUGUUCUCCCGGGAUCAGGGAUGGGUAUUGCUGUAUCAACACCAUCUACACAAAAACCUUUGGUGUUUGGUGCCAUGGUACACAGAGACGAAGCUUUUGAGACAAUUUUCAACCAAUAUGUGAAAAUAACCUCUGCAUCAUCAAGCAGUGAGAGCUAGUAUCUUAUCUUAGAAGAUCUAAAGGAAACUUUCUUAUUUUACAACUUGGUAGUGAAAAA